AUGAAAUUCAUAGUUUAUACAGCUUUCUGCGCUCUAGUCGCUACUACUGCAGCUCUCCCGCAAGACAUCUCUGGCUCGGGGCAGAUUUACGUCAUUAACAGCACCGACUUUCAGAAUGCCUCUCCCGCCGAUAGCAUCGGGUGUCUAGACGCGAAGGGCAGCUUUUCCGAGUCGGACUGCGCGACCUUCACCCGGCUCGACACUUAUCCCAACACGCUUUCCAGCAGCGCCGGCAACUGCACGUUCAGAGACUCUACGCAGCCGGCCAACACGGACAAUGUGUAUGGCUCCAGGUCGUACUCCUACUUUUGUCGGGAAGAUUAUGAAGCGUCAAUUGCGGAUAUUCUGUAUACCAUCAAUGGAUUCAACUACCCGUUCCUGUGCCACGGGGAUACCAACUGCUUCUAUGACGUCAAGACUAUCCCCAGAAAUAAAACCAUCGCACCCGUCUGGGAGUAUGUAUGGGGAUCUCAGCAGACGGGGGUUCCUAAGGGACACACCCAAGUGAUGUGGUACUGGAAGAAGAUCUCUUAG